AGUUCACUUUACCUAUAUUCAUAAAAAUAGAUAUAGAUAUACCAUAUAUCUAACAACACAUAUCAUUGGUAUAAUAAUAAUGUUAUCUGAAAUGGAAAAAAACAAGAAAAUAUUGACUGAAACCCUAAUGAAAGGAAGAGAUUCUGCUAAGAAACUCCAAAGUUUACGUCGUCGGAGACUGAACUUUGACGGGUCGGUUUCUGUUGAAGAUCUUUUGGUGGAAAUAUUGGCAUCUUUUACUUGUGGUCUUUCUAUGUUGAAUUCUUGUGAUUCCGAUGAUACUUUUGGGGUUCCGGCAGAUUCUUCCGUUGACCAGAUGCCGGAAGUUUACUCCGGGAAGAAACCGGCACAGGCUACUAAGGAACGAAGAGGAUGUUACAAAAGAAGAAGGACAAUUGAUUCAAGGACUGAAAUUAGUAGUACAUUUCAUGAUGAUUAUGCAUGGAGGAAAUAUGGUCAAAAGGAGAUCCUCAACUCUAAAUUCCCAAGAUGCUACUACAGGUGCACCCACAAACAUGUUCACGGGUGUAAAGCACUCAAACAGGUGCAACAACUAGAAGAUGAAUCAAACAAAUUUCACAUCACAUAUUUUGGCAAUCACACUUGUCCUAGUCCAAAUAACUUUUCACACCAUGGACUUGUCCUUAAUUUUGAUAAAGAUUCUAAAAACCAUCCUUAUUUCUCAAACAGUCCCUCCACUAUUACGAAUAUCCAAACUCACCCCUUCGUAAAACAAGAAGUUGACUCCAAGACCCAAAGUACUGAUGCGUCUGACAAUAUUUCAUCAGCCAAUAACGACGACCAUACAUCCCCAGCUUUGGUGUGGAAUGAUGGAUUUAUGGGUUCAUCUCUCAUGGGGUUUGAGUAUAACCAUGAAGAUUCUUGUAGCUCUCAUAGCUAUCUAAACUUGGACUUUCUUGAUGGUGAUCAACUACUAGAUGAUGUUCACUUUAAUGAAGCGUUUCCCCAAUGACAUCGAUCUUGUAUGACUGUAUUUUACAAUGUACAAUGGUCCUCCGCUUGACUAUUAUGGUUUAGGGAACAAAUUGGUCAUUAUGAAUACACCAACUUCCUUAUUUGUGAUAUCGUCACACGGCUAGACAGAGGCAUACAAAGACCUUCUAUUCUGCCACGCACAUUGAUGUUUUGAUGCCCAUGCUUGCGUAAUUUUAGCUUAUUAUCAGUGUUUUUGCUCAUGUCUUUUGAGUCAUAAAUACUAUACCCUUUAGAAGUCGUUGUAGUGAAAAAUAGUUCUUGUAAUUAGAUACAUAUUGUAAUCUUAUAAUUAGGAGUUAUUACUACCGUUAUGUUUUAUAUUGUCAAGUGCGUUUUAGGUAAAGUAACCUCAAGAAUAAGUCUCACUACUCGGUAGAGGUGUGUAUAUAGCGUGAGAUGCACAAAGUAUAAUGUAAUCUACUAUGGUUUUGAUUUUGAUACGAAAAGUUUCCAUUUUAAUGUA